AACAAACGUCAAAUAUCGAUCGAUCACGAACGAAGCCAACGAAGACCAAGCUUGGAAAGACAUUUUCAUAAAUAAUCUGAAAAUUUUUGUAAAGGCGCUAUGGUUUAUCAUCCAAAAAGUUUGAGAUUGCUGGGGAUAGGACAGAUGAUUAUUGGAAGUGCUAUGUUUAUUUUUGGAGUGCUAAAUAUCGCUUUUGUGCCGUAUUGGAACUCUUAUGUCGCUUGUGGAAUAUGGGUUGGGAUAUGGGUUUGUCUGACAGGAAUGUUUGGUUAUUUUGGAGCAAAGUCCAAUGAUAAUCCUAAUAACUGCUUGAUUGGGUUAAUGAUUGGUUUUGCUAUUACUUCAAUUGUCUUGGCUUGCACAAUGCUUAUCAUUCAAUCCGUUGCUUUGGCUGCUUUUUCAGCAAGACUCCGUUGCCCAAAAGAUCAAAGCGAGAGAUCUACCCCUAAUUACUGGGAAUAUGAUGAAUGUGAAGAAUACAGUAGUCAGUACCACAGAAGAAGUUUCCUAUCCUAUUUUACUGCACAGAAAGGGGUGGCAAUUGGUACUGUUUUGCUUAUUCUUGCUUUGGUUGAGCUCUUUGUGGGCUUCAUAUCGUCAAUUUAUGGCUGUAUUUCAUGCACUUGCUGUCCUCAGACUCCUAAUCAACCUGUGAAUCAGUUGGCCUACAUUCAGCAACCAGAUGGCAGUUUGAUUCUUAUCAGAGUAGGUGGUAGCAUUCCUCCUGGAGCUACUCUGCAGACCCCCGGUGCCCAACCAGGACAGGUGGUACCAUGUGUACAACCUCAGCAAGGAUAUGCUGCCUCGGCACAAGAAUAUUCAGUGCAAGGUUAUCAAGGAGAUCCUGGUCGUGGUAGUGGUGGUACACAGAUGAAACCAGAAUAAGACUUACCUCCGCCCUAUAACAACGUUGUGCAGUCAUGAAUAAAUUACAAUGCUUUUGUAGUCUACCAAGCGUUUAUGUUCAAAAAACAAAUAUAGCAGAGGUAGAGAAUAGCCUGCGUUAAUAAGUUAAACGUAGACGACCUAGAACACAUAGAACACUGAAGACUAGUGCGCUUAAGUGCCGAAAAGGUAAAGGAGAAGAAAGAACGAAAGAAAGAACAGAAAAAGAAGACAACAAAAUAGCAAAACAGCAGCAGCAGUAGCAGCAUUCAGUAUCAUGUUCACUAGACACAAAUAGGAUACUGAUAGAAAAGAUAUACAUAUAACCAGAACAAGACUAGUACUAGUACGCAAGAGGAUUGAAAACAGGAGAAAAGAUCUAAGAAUUGCAAUGACAGCAGACUAGUACUAUAAUUGCACAAGAAGAAAGAAGAUAAGUCGAUAAAAUAGCUUAAUUGCACGACAGCGACAAGAAAGAAGYGAUUCAAAUGCAAGAAAGAAAGAAAAGUGCCCUUAAAGCCUUUAUUAGGGACCUUAAAGACCCAUUACCACUUACCGUGAUGCAUUACAAUUUGUUUACAUUUUGAAUCAUGUCACCACUGAAAAAACAAUUCUAACCUUUUGAAUAAACUCUUAAAAGAA